AUGCUCAUGACCAAACUGCAGAAUUUGCCCACUGUGGUCCUCUUCUGCUCUAUUUUCCUUUUCCUACUUGUUGCAAAGAACAAAUGGGAGUCUCUUGAGAAGCUUUUCUCAUCGCACAACAUCAAGCUCAAGGGCGGCCCAAAUUCCGCAGGCGAUCGUAAAAGUGCCACGGUAUUUGAAUGGGUAUCUGCAGUGGAGAGGACAAAGGAGACCAAGCCCUCUGGUCUGAUUUCACCACCACCACCAGUGGCCAAGCGGCAUCCCUUGGAGGUUGACUAUUCCACUGAUUAUAAGUUCCUUCUCAAUGAGCCAAAGAAAUGCUGGGAGAGGAGCCCUUUCUUGAUCCUGCUGGUGAUAACUGAGCCCCAGGAUUUUGCCACGAGGCAGGCCAUCCGGCAGACGUGGGGCAACAAGAGCUCAGUGCCUGGGGUUUCCAUUCUUCGUCUCUUUCUGACGGGUGUCCACCCAAAAUUUGGAUACCCGCUCCAGGCCCUUUUGGAAGAGGAGAGUUCCAUCCACAAAGACAUUCUUCAGCAGGACUUCCUGGAUACCUACAACAACCUUACCCUGAAGACUCUGAUGGGCAUGGAAUGGAUAAGCAAGUUCUGCCCCAAUGCCACCUACGUGGUGAAGGCAGACAGUGACAUCUUUCUCAAUGUGAACUACAUGGUGUCCCACCUGCUGCAGCCUCACCUGCCACCCAAGAAAAACUACAUGACAGGUCACAUCUACAGGAAUUCAAAGCCAGUGCGUGAAAAGGCCUACAAGUGGUAUGUGCCACGGGCGGUGUACCCCAAUGAGACCUACCCGCCCUUCUGCGCAGGCCCAGGGUAUGUGUUCUCUGCGGAUCUGGCCAAGAAGAUCUACCAGGUAGCAAAGACCAUCAGGGUCAUUAACAAUGAAGAUGUCUUCAUGGGAAUCUGCCUGUAUGAGCUGGGCAUCAGCGUGACAAACAGCCCCGGGGGUCUCUUCAACGUGUACAAAGUCAAGUAUGAGAAGUGCAAGUUCUCCAAGGUGGUGGUGGUGCAUCACUACGGGCCAGAGGAGCUGCUGCAGAUUUGGCCUGGCUUUCAGGACCAGAACCAGACUUGCAAGAGUUAA